ACAGCUCUGAUAUAGCUGCUAUGUACGGAAAAAACAUGGCAGAUAAGGCGUCUGAACUAAAUGGGUUCUACAUGGGAGAACGCAAAUUAGCUGUUCGUUUGCUUUCUGUACCGAGAAUACGCCCUGUUCACUCACUCCCCCUCCGCAAGGGGCCACCUCCUGCUCUCCUAGAUGCCCAUCACUCUGCCAGUGCUGCAGCCAUUCCACAAAGCAGAAGUGAAAGCUCCAAGACCCUAGAUAAACCUGCUGAGAAGAAAAAGAGGUCUAGCGAGGAACACUCUACAUUAGAGACUAAAGCCGUCCCUAGUAGUGUUGAUAAGCAAACAGCUGACCGAGAUGGGCUCUUUGUUGACGAUUUACGCAUGGGCGAUCCCAACGGCAAGAAAGAUUGUCCAUUUAGGUCCUAACUUGCAUACAUGAUAUCACCACAUGAUUACUGCAAUGACAUAUAAAUUUUUUAGGUGUGAUCUAGCUUUCCAAAAAAUUGUGAGCUUUCUUGCUUUGUUUUAUGUAUUUUGUGGACUUGCUGACCUAU